AAAAGAUAAGCAUAUACGUUACAUUUAGUAAAGAAAGUUUCUCACAAACAAAGUAAAAAAAGAAGAAGAAUUAGAGUCUCCACACAAAUGGUGCUCCAGCAACAAACGCAUUUUCUCACAAACAAGACAGAUCAAGAAGAAGAAGAAGAAGAAGAAGAAGAAGAAGAACCUUCUCCUCAUGGUUUCAUUUUCCGAUCUAAGCUUCCUGAUAUCUUCAUCCCUAACCACCUCCCUCUCACCGAUUACGUCUUCCAGAAAUUCUCCGGCGACGGAGACGGUGACUCAACCUCCACUUGUCUCAUCGACGGUGCUACGGGACGUAUCUUGACCUACGCCGAUGUACAAACCAAUUCAAGGAGGAUCGCCGCAGGGAUGCAUCGGCUCGGGAUCCGCCACGGUGACGUCGUCAUGCUACUUCUCCCGAACUCUCUAGAGUUUGCUCUGUCUUUUCUUGCCGUGGCGUACCUCGGAGCCGUCUCCACCACCGCGAAUCCGUUCUAUACGCAGCCGGAGAUCGUAAAACAGGCGAAAGCCUCUGCCGCGAAGAUGAUCAUCACGAAGAAAUGCUACGUCGAUAAACUAACUGACCUCAAAAACGACGGCGUCGUGAUCGUUUGCGUUGACGACGACGUGGUUUCAUCGACUGGCGACGGUUACGUGAGUUUUACGGAACUGACUCAAGCUGACGAAACAGAGCUUCCUAAACCUGAGAUCUCGCCGGAAGACACGGUGGCGAUGCCGUAUUCCUCCGGGACAACGGGACUUCCAAAGGGAGUGAUGAUUACUCACAAGGGUUUAGUUACGAGCAUUGCUCAGAAAGUGGACGGAGAAAACCCUAACCUCAACUACACGGCCAAUGACGUUAUCCUCUGUUUUCUCCCAAUGUUUCACAUUUACGCUCUCGACGCGUUGAUGCUUUCGGCAAUGAGGGCCGGUGCGGCGUUACUGAUUGUGCCGAGGUUCGAGUUGAAUCUGGUGAUGGAGCUAAUUCAGAGGUACAAAGUCACGGUGGUUCCUGUGGCUCCCCCGGUGGUUCUAGCCUUCGUUAAGUCCCCGGAGACUGAGAGAUAUGACUUGAGCUCGGUGCGGAUGAUGAAAUCAGGUGCAGCUACACUAAAGAAGGAGCUUGAAGACGCCGUGCGCCUUAAGUUUCCUAAUGCCAUUUUUGGUCAGGGUUACGGAAUGACCGAGUCAGGAACGGUGUCUAGUUCAUUAGCGUUUGCAAAGAACCCUUUCAAAACCAAGUCCGGUGCGUGCGGGACUGUGAUCAGAAACGCCGAGUUGAAAGUGGUCGAUACCAUAACCGGAAUAUCCUUACCGCGGAACAAAUCUGGUGAGAUCUGUGUCCGAGGUGAUCAGCUCAUGAAAGGUUAUUUGAAUGAUCCGGAAGCUACAUCAGGAACCAUUGAUAAAGAUGGGUGGUUACACACAGGAGAUAUUGGGUUUGUGGAUGAUGAUGAUGAGAUCUUUAUUGUUGAUCGGUUGAAGGAACUGAUCAAAUUUAAAGGCUAUCAAGUGGCUCCGGCUGAGCUUGAAGCAUUGCUUAUUUCUCAUCCUGAUAUUGACGAUGCAGCAGUUGUUGGGAUGAAGGACGAAGUAGCUGAUGAGGUUCCAGUAGCGUUUGUAGUUAGAUCGGAAGGGUCUCAGUUAACUGAAGAUGAUGUCAAGAGUUAUGUAAACAAACAGGUGGUUCACUACAAGCGAAUCAAGAUGGUGUUUUUCAUAGAAACUAUUCCAAAAGCAGUUUCAGGAAAGAUUCUCAGGAAGGAUCUUCGAGGUAAAUUGGAAACUGAGUGCUCUAAAUAGACACAAGAGAGUUUGCAAAUGUACGUGUAAAAUCGAACAUUAAAAGUCUCUAAGAAGUAAGCGUUUGAUAUUUGAUUUGGUUACGAGACACCACUCUUGUAAAGUCAACAGAUUCAGGAAACCUAAGGCUAAACUACCCCGCAACACGCAAUUCAUUUCCUAUAAUCAUCAAUUCUCUAUUCUCUUA